AUGCCCAGCCCAGGGCGUGCAGCAACGCCAGCUCUAGGGCCGAACAGGCCUUGGCGACUCCUGCUGCACCUGGCCAAACACCAGGUCGAGCCUGCAGGCACCAUGACCGGGGCGGCGGUGCGGCGCCUGGGGCGCGUGGGGCACUGGGACCUGGCGCUCUGCUUCCAGCGGAGGAGUCUUCUGGUCUUCAAUAGCGCCAUCAACGCGUGUGCCAGCUGCAGCCUGCCCGGCAAGGCGCUUCGCCUGCUGGCGGAUCUGCGGCGCGGCGCCUGGCAGCCGGACGCGGCCUCCUGGAGCGCCGCCGUGUUUGCGGCAAGGAAGAGUUGGCGGACAGCCAUGGGCCUCGUCACACAGCUCAGGCGCCAGCUCUGCUGGGACCUUGACGUGCGCGUACGUCGCGGCCAAAGCUGCGCGGUGCUGGGCGCAGAAUGCUACCUGGGCGCCAGCAACGCCGCCCUGAAGGCCUGCGCACUGGGCAAGCGCUGGCGCAACGCCCUGGACCUGCUGACGAACCUCUGGCGCUGCGGGGUUCGUGGGAACCGCGUCACCGCCGCGCUGGGCUCACCCUCGAGGAGGUUGGCGCGCGACGGGUGGCGCCAACAGCUGCGCUGGCUGCCCAUGGCGACGGAAGCGGACUGGAUGCAAGCGCUCAACCUGCUGUCCGCCGAUGUGAUGCCGGAUCCUGCUGGGCCACACCAAAGCUGGCAGAGGAGCUGA